AUGACGUCACCUUUUCAACAAGUAGGGAGGGCAAUACACCGCACAGAUAAGAACUGGAAGAACGAGGAUGUUUGGAAAACGCCGCUUAGUCUUUUCCAAUACUUUAAACAACCGCCAUGCCAAGAGACCGCUGAUAUGGCAAAGGCAGGAGACAUAUAUCAUUACACAUUUGAUAUUUUACAAAAUAAAUUGAAAAAACGUUUCUCGAGAUCGAAGCGAAGAGUUAAUGCAACUGACAUUCUUUCCACAGCGACAGUAGCGGAACUGGCCAAGUUUUCCGGCUGCAGAAUAAACUCUAUGCCCCCGAAUUGCCCCAACACAUGUCUAGCUAGACUUUAUCGGUCCCAUAACGGCGAAUGCAAUCACGCCACCAACCCAUACUGGGGCGCUGCAAACAACCCAUUUGUGAGAUGGCUACCUGCGAAAUACGAGAACGAGUUCAGCACUCCGAUACGAGAACGAGUUCAGCACUCUUGGGAGUCUGAUCGGUUGUAUAAUGGACACCGCCUACCUUUGGUCCGCGAAGUCUCUAAUAACGCAAUUAACACAUCCAAUAGCCAAGUGACUGGCGACUCGUCGUAUUCCCAUAUGCUGGUAGUGUGGGGUCAAUACAUCGACCACGACAUCGAUUUCACUCCACAAAGUUUGAGUACUUCUACCUUUCAAGGAUUGACAAAUUGCGCGAAUACGUGUGAGAACAAAUCACCGUGUUAUCCUAUCCAGGUUCCAGCAAAUGACCAACGAAUCAAAACAGUCAAGUGUUUGCCGUUUUUUCGUUCUGCGGCAGUUUGUGGAACAGGUGAUACUUCUGCACUCUUUCAUAAACUGAGACCAAGGGAACAGAUUAAUGCUGUGACUUCAUUCGUAGACGCCAGUACGGUUUAUGGUAGCAGCGAUGCCCUUAGCAAUGUGCUACGAAACUUAUCUACAGACGAAGGGCUGAUGCGGGUCAAUGCAUUAUAUUCAGACGGAUCUCGUGCAUAUCUUCCAUUUGACCCAAGCAAGGGGUGCGUCCAAGACCCACGUGACCUUAGUGGAAACAAAAUAAAUUGCUUCCACGCAGGAGAUGGAAGGGUGAGUGAACAUCUUACAUUAUCUGCUAUCCAUACAUUGUGGGUACGAGAGCACAAUCGAAUUGCACGCGCACUAAAAGUCAUUAAUCCACAUUGGAAUGGUGAAAUAUUAUACCAGGAAACUCGGAAAAUAAUCGGAGCUUACCACCAAGUUGUAAAUUGGAAAGAAUACGUGCCAAAGAUCAUUGGCCCAACAGGCAUGGCUACGAUGGGAAAUUAUACUGGUUACAAAACGAACGAAAAUCCGAGCAUAUCAAACGUAUUUGCCGCCGCUGCUUAUCGCUUCGGACAUGCCACGAUCUCACCCAUGUUCAGAAGGUUGGACGAGUCAUACAACAACCAUCCAACUUACCCGACUAUAUUACUGCAUCAGGCAUUUUUCUCCCCAUGGAGAAUGGUACGGGAGGGUGGUAUUGACCCAAUAAUGCGAGGUUUGAUCGGUAAAGCAGCAAAACUUAUUGUUCCCUCCGAAAUCAUGCACGAAGAGUUAAGAGAAAAGCUCUUUCUACUUCAAAACCAGGUAGCUUUGGACCUCGCAUCUCUUAACCUGCAGCGUGGCCGCGACCACGGGUUACCACUUUAUAAUGACUGGCGAGAAGAGUGCGGGAUGUCCAGAGCUGACAAUUUUUCUCAAGUUGCUAUGGAAAUAACCGAUGCUUUGCUGAGAAGCAAACUCGAACUCUUAUACAAGCACCCUGGUAAUAUUGAUGUCUGGUUGGCUGGAUUAGCGGAAGAAUUACUCCCGGGAUCACGAGGAGGAAAACUUUUCACUUGCCUGCUUAGUCGCCAGUUUAAAUUUCUAAGAAACGGAGAUCGAUUUUAUUACGAGAAUACUGGUGUCUUUACACCCCAACAGGUGACUGCACUUAAUCGUUUGUCGUUCGCCCGAGUAAUUUGCGACACAACGGGAUUAACUGAAGUCCGUAGAGACGUGUUUUCCCUAUCAACUUAUCCUGACGGUUUUGUAAGCUGUAAUUCAAUUCCUUCACUCGAUCUUAUGGCUUGGAGAGAAGACACAACAGUGGGCAGUUGCGGAAAUGUCCCAACUAUUCCAAACGGGUCGUGGAAACGCUGUGGAUCAUCAAAUGGGGUCAGCUAUACAUGCAGUCCUGGUUAUGUGGUCCAAGGAACACCUGACGUAACUUGUAGAGCAGGCGGCUUCUCACAACUCCCUAGCUGUUUAGACGUAAACGAAUGUCUGAACAAAAACGGAGGGUGCCAGGAUGUCUGCACAAACAACCAGGGUAGUUUUAGCUGCAGCUGUGAGAUAGGUAAACAUCUAGCCAACGAUGGACGAACCUGCGUCACAAUUCAACAAACUACAAUGGCGGGUCCAAUGACGUCAACAGUAAAUUACAAAUUAAUAUAACUUGAUAUAGAACGCAC